CCUUGUAGAGCGCGGCGGCGGCAGACGCGGCUGCGGCGGCGCGGCGCAGGCACCCGCCAGAGGAGCGGCAUCAUGAGCGGAUCACAGAACAAUGACAAAAGACAGUUUCUGCUGGAGAGACUGCUGGAUGCAGUAAAACAGUGCCAGAUCCGCUUUGGAGGGAGAAAGGAGAUCGCCUCCGAUUCUGACAGCAGGGUUACCUGUCUCUGCGCCCAGCUGGAAGCCGUCCUGCAGCAUGGCUUGAAGAGGAGCCGAGGAUUGGCGCUCACAGCGGCGGCGAUCAAACAGGCAGCAGGCUUCGCCAGCAAGACGGAGACAGAGCCCGUGUUCUGGCACUACGUGAAGGAGGUCCUCAACAGGCACGAGCUGCAGCGCUUCCACUCCCUGCGCCACAUCACCUCCGACGUGGGCCGGGGCCGCGCCUGGCUGCGCUGCGCCCUCAACGAGCACUCGCUGGAGCGCUACCUGCACAUGCUGCUCGCAGACCAGGGCAGGCUCAGCACUUUUUAUGAAGACUGGUCUUUUGUGAUGGAUGAAGAAAGGUCUAGCAUGCUUCCCACCAUGGCAGCUGGGCUGAACUCCAUACUCUUCGCAAUUAACAUCGACAACAAGGACUUAAAUGGGCAGAGCAAAUUUGCUCCCACUGUCUCCGACCUCUUAAAGGAAUCAACGCAGAACGUGACCUCCUUGCUGAAGGAAUCCACUCAGGGAAUGAGCAGCCUCCUCAGGGAGAUCACAGCCUCUUCUGCUGUCUCUAUCCUCAUUAAGCCCGAGCAGGAGACCGACCCGCUGCCUGUUGUGUCCAAGAACGUCAGUGCUGAUGCCAGAUGUAAAAAGGAACGGAAGAAGAAAAAGAAGGUGACCAACAUCAUCUCAUUUGAUGAGGAGGAGGAUGAGCAGACCUCUGGGGAUGCUUUUAAAAAGCUCCCUGGGACAGGGGAGAGCUCGGAGGAGAACUCCGACCGGUCCUCGGUCAACAUCAUGUCGGCCUUUGAAAGCCCCUUUGGGCCGAAUUCCAACGGCAGCCAGAGCAGCAGCUCCUGGAAAGUGGACUCCCUUUCUCUAAAUGGGGAGCUUGGGUACCAGAAGCUCGAUGUGAAGAGCAUCGAYGACGAAGGCGUGGAUGACAACGAGGACGACGCGUAUGCGGACCCAUCAGGAAGGAAGCGUGCGGGCCACCUGGGAUCACCAGAGAAGCCCCUGGAUGGGAACACCUGCCUCUCCCAGGUGCACAGCUGGGCUCCGCUGCAGGUGCUCCAUGGCGAUGCUGAUGUCCUCUUCCCGGUCAGCGGAGUGGGCUCCUACAGCCCGGCAGAUCCCCCCCUGGGAAGCCUGGAGAACGGAACAGGACCUGAGGACCACAUUCUCCCAGAGCCUGGGCUUCGGUACAGUGUGGAYGCCAGCCCUCCAGCCCAAGGAAGUCCUCUGAGCAGCCUCUUGCCUUCUGCGUCGGUGCCAGAAUCCAUGACGAUUAAUGAACUACGACAAGCUAUCGUGGCUAUGAUGAACAGAAAGGAUGAGCUGGAAGAAGAAAACAGAUCCCUGCGGAACCUGCUUGAUGGCGAGAUGGAACAUUCGGCUGCRCUCCGGCAGGAGGUGGACACCUUGAAAAGGAAGGUGACCGAGCAGGAGGAGCGGCACACCAUGAAGGUCCAGGCUUUGGCAAGAGAAAACGAGGUGCUCAAAGUCCAGCUGAAGAAAUAUGUAGGAGCUGUCCAGAUGCUGAAAAGAGAAGGCCCUACAGCUGAAGUUGUGCCAAAUCUUUGGAACGUUGAUGGUGAAGUUACAGUCCCUGAACAGAAGCCAGGAGAAGUUGCUGAAGAGCUCGCAAGCUCUUACGAAAGGAAGCUCAUUGAGGUGGCAGAGAUGCAUGGAGAGCUGAUCGAGUUCAACGAGCGCCUGCACAGGGCCUUGGUGGCCAAGGAAGCUCUGGUGUCCCAGAUGAGGCAGGAGCUCAUCGACCUCCGGGGCCCGGUGCCCGGAGAUUUGAGUCAAACAUCCGAAGAUCAGAGUUUGUCGGAUUUUGAAAUAUCUAACCGGGCGCUGAUCAACGUCUGGAUCCCGUCGGUGUUCCUCCGUGGCAAGGCAGCGAAUGCAUUCCACGUGUAUCAGGUCUACAUCCGGAUAAAGGACGACGAGUGGAACGUCUACCGGCGGUACACGGAGUUCCGGAGUCUGCACCACAAGCUGCAGAGCAGGUUCCCCCAGGUGCGGGCCUACAGCUUCCCACCCAAGAAGGCCAUUGGGAACAAGGAUGCCAAGUUCGUAGAGGAACGGAGAAAGCAGCUCCAGAGUUACCUGCGCAGCGUCAUGAACAAAGUCAUCCAGAUGGUGCCCGAGUUUGCUGCCAGCCCCAAGAAGGAGACCCUCACCCAGCUGAUGCCCUUCUUUGUUGACAUCACCCCUCCCGGAGAGCCCCUGAACAAGAACRGCCGGCCCAAAGCGGCUUCCCGCUUCCCCAAGCUGUCCCGUGGUCAUCCCAGGGAGACGCGCAACGUGGAGCCCCAGAGCGGUGACCUCUGACCUCAGCAGAAUCCAGAUCCCAGCCACUCUGUCCCUGACUUGGCCACGGCAGCUGGCCCGACGCUUUGGAGUGAUGACCACAUCCACCUGGUCAACCCAGAGAGCACACCUUCCCUGCCGGCCACAUGCCACCCUGAUUAAACUGGUCAGUCUCAGAGCUGCCAGGCCCCUGUCCUGAGCGUGCGGCGGUUCCUCGUUGGACAGACUGGCCCAYGUGGCCACUGCUUGCCAAGGGCAGCAAAGCCACCUAUUCCUUGCUCGGGCUGGGGUCCCCAGGUGGAAUGCACAGUGCCCAGGCUCCACAGGAAGCCUCUUUCCCACGAGGGAAUUGGCCUCUUUUGAACCUGACCACCUGGCUGUACCCUCUGGACAGACAGAGCUCUGUCACCCUCCAUCAGUGGUCACUGGACACCCCGUGGUAUCACUCCURUGGGCAGACAUUCCCACAGACUGUGAAGGAGCCACCGGUGACAUUGAACUUGGGUGCUUGGCUGCAGGAAGCAGCACCACCUAGGAACCCUGAGGCCACCAUGCAGCUCAUCGGGCUGGGUGUGGGCUCCGAACCUCCAACCCAGGCCUGGCCAGGCGCUGCUGGCCUCAGGUCAUGGACCUGGCUUGGGGGACCAGAUCCAUCUGUAACCGGCACCUGAACAGAUCAUGAUUGUUCCCCAAAGACAGUUUGUGAUAUGCCAUCUGUCCCCUUUCAGAGGGAAUGAAACCCUUGUCCCUCCUGUCACAGGGAGCAGGAUGACCAGCGCMGCAGCCCCCUCGGUCCUCCGCCAGCCUGGGUCAGGUGGCUCCACCUCAGCAUCAUGGCACCUCCGCACCGAGGGCGUGCGCAAGGGCUGGGUAGAGUGUGGCCCCGUGUCCACUGGGCCAUCGUGGCCUGUAUGGAUGACAGGCGAGGGAGGGGUCAUGCAAGGCCACCGUGGGCUUGUGCUUGAACCCUCUCAGUUCAUUGGCUGAAAUCUCACUGAGCCACCAGGGUCCCCAGUGCGGGCAGGGAAGCCAUCAACAUGCCCAGCCGACCAAGAGGCAGCCGAGGGCUUCAUGGGGCCCUGCUGUCAGCUUGCAGGUGCCAGAACUGCUGGCGUACGCGGCCUCACUGAGCAGAGCAGCCCUGGCCCCUGUGAACACAGAGCCCUCGAGGGCAGGGGCUGGCUGCAGGACUGUCCACCGUCCCCCCUGACCAGGGGGUCUACACCGAGAUGGCUUCUUCGUCCUGCUGUGUUCCAUAGGGUGGACCCUCCUCAGACACCCAAUCAGCAGGCAAGGGGUGCACUGGCCUCGCUCUCCCCAGCCACCCCACCAGGAACCUCCUUCAACAUUCUGCACAGGAAGUUCAGAAAAAUCGCCCGAGAGCGACAGUCACCUGUCUGCUUGCCCUUUAAUUAUUCAURGAAAGUGGGUCCAGCUCUCCACGAUGUGAACUGUAAGAGGAUGUGCCCAGAGGCUACAGGAGUCCCGUGGUUUGCAGUCUGCCCACCUCUUCUGAUCUUGGAAGCCCUGGAACGGCCAGUCAUCCCCUUACAGGUGUUCAACGCACAUGUGACCCCCACUGAACUCUGAGCUUUCGUCGCCUGUUUCUUAAAGGCACAACACCCCACCUGCCACCGUUCUAUCUAUCCGGUUGAUAACAGAGGCCUACCUGGUGCCAGCCGGACACACGCAUAGGAAGGAUGACCAUGGUCCUCCCGGUGGGUCCUGCACAGCAGCUGUGGGAUGCGUUUCCUGAUGCCCGAAUCUGGGGCCCUUGCUUUCUCCCAGUUCUGCAUGGGACAAUUUGUCACUCUGAGGAUGGGGUCACAGCACUACAGGCCAGGUUCCUGCUCCACCUGUCUGCAGCCUAGAGACACCAGCUGACCUGUCCCAUGAAGGCCAGGCCCUGUUCUCUGGGGUCCCCCUAAACGCCCUCCCACCGCUGUCAGCCUCUGGAACCCCCCCUGGCUCCAGCAGCACCUUCUGGCCUUGGUGUGUGACUGAUGGGCCAGACCCUGCCCAAGAAAGCCCUGGCCACUGGCCACCCUGCCCCACGUGGCAGCCUGGCUGGGGGGUGUCCCAGGAGAGCCUCACACUCACGUCUCAACCCCAAAGGCAGUAACUGUCCCAACAGCUCAGCACUUCACCCUGGACAAGGCCGGGAGACCAUGACCUGGCACCCACUUACAAACAAGGUCUUUUGUAAUGAACGUUUUUCAAAAUAUUGUGCGUUACAUCAUAAAGCUAAUGUUAAAUAUUUGCUAUUCUGAUCAGCUAAUCCUGCACAAAGGUAGCACUGUAUAUUUUAUCUAACUUUUCUGUGCCAAAAAGUUCAUUUUAAUGUUUCUGUAACAGUCUCUUGAUUAUGUUUCUGUAACAAAGCCUCGGCUACUGGAUCAUAGGAACGAGGUGCACCCUCAGACCCCACAGCUCGCCCCAGUCCUCGAAGGGCUCCGGUUCCCCUGUGUGUCUUGCGACAGCCACGUCUCAAUUUUAGGGGCUCAAAAUCCUGUCCCUCAAUUAUUACAAGUUCAACGGGCCUCCCUGGACCUGAAGGUUGUAUUAGGAGAGAAAUCCACGUUCUCUCAAAGUGGGCGAACCUGUGCCCCGGGGACACCCACUAGGAGCCGCUGGAGGCCCAGGGCUCUGCUUCUCUCCACUGCCCGUGUCCCACCUGCUUGGAAGCCACUAGCUGACCCAUGCAGGCCAUCCCUGGGUUCUCUGCCUGGAGAGCAGGGAUUCCGAGGGUGGCAGAGGAACUAACUGGCUUUCCGUCAUCUCAGUCACCUGGAAAGGAUGGCGUGACCACCGCAUCCUGGGCAUGGUGGGUGGGCCUCACCUGAGCACAGACCCUGGGCCCCCCAGCCUGGGCAGAGGUGACCUCAGCGGGCAGGCUCCCAACUACCCUCUUACGUUAUGGUUUACACGAUAGAAUUUUUAAACAAAAAUGUUUAAUUUUCUAAAGUCUCUUGUAUUAAAAUUUUCUUUUGGAAUAAGCUGUGGUAAUUUUGUUACAAUCUGGUUGAUUAAACCUCUUUACAGUGACAAAA